CGGAAAGAACCAGGUACGCACAAAUCCAAUCCUCAUCUUCACUCAUCAACCUCUUCUUUUCUUCUUCACUUCAAUUCAGAAUCCUAACCUCUUUAGUCGCACUCGUCUUCUUCCAUCUACUUUCUCACUUCGCUUUCAUCGCUGUGGUCGUUGGUAUAGUUUGCAAUGUACGUGCAAUUUACGCUAUGUGCUGAUUGAGGAACUUGAAUUUGAAAAAUGGCGGAAUAUGUGGCAGCUCCAACAUGUAUUAAGCUGUAUAUGCAGAGUACUCGUGCAAAAGAGAGAGAAUGUUUGCGAAAGAAUUCAUUUUUAAGACCGGCUCAAAGAAGGUGUUCCAGUGGAAGAUGUAAAGUUGCCCAGUUCUCAUUGCAGAAAAUGUGUGUGAUUAGGACUUCAAGCGCUGAAAAUCAGUUAGUCUAUCCACAUCCCAGGGAAUGUUCAUUCAAAUGUAGUUGCUCAGGGUUUUUGGUGAACUCUGAUGUUGCAACAGUCUCUGAAUGGAUUCCCGUUGGUGAUCAGGUACUUCUUAUGGCCAGUAUUUUCCUUACUUAUCUGGCUGGAGUAAUUCCUGUUCAGAAGUCUAAUCACACUUUGCAAAAGAGCAUACUUGAUAACGUUGUGGCCUCUGAGAAUUCAACCUCUCCUGGUAGUGCCCGGAAGAAUGAUGACAAAGCUAAUUUAAAUUAUGCUUGGGAAGUGGUGAAACAAAAACUUUUGGAUUCUCUAGAUGCUAUUGAACAUGGUAUUAAUUCUGGAAACAGAGCCCUUGAAUUUGAACAACAACAGGAAAAGCACCAACUAAGUUUGUAUGCUGUAUCUGAGGGACCAAAGUUACGGUUGCUUUGGGCUUCUUUUCUGCAGCUUGAGAAAGAGGUAAAUAAUAUCUCCAGCAAUCCCAACUCUGUUAACAUGGAUGAUUGGACAACUAUUUUUUCUGAAAUCAUUCGAGAAUCCUGUCAAACAGUAUGCAUGACUUGGCUGGAAAAUGAAUUUGACCUAGACAAUAGUAAUGUUGACAAGGCACUUAUUUCUCUUAUUACAGAGAAGUUAAAAGGAGAUGAUACUGUUUUAAAGAAUAUUGUAAAGUUAGGCAAGAGAGAUCUUUAUGCUGAAUUAGUGUACUUUCUUCGGUUCGAUUGCCCCAGCAGAAAGGGUUGCUGUUACGACAAGACUUUGUUUUCUUUGUAUGUGGAUUCUAUAUUAGAAGAUUUGGUGAUAACUCUAGCAGAUGGGAUUGCGAGCAUUUAUCUAGAGCUUAUUUCUGUCGACGGCAAUUUGUCAAAUGAAAUUAACAGCCUGGGUUUGGUGAUGUGUAAUCUGUCAACCCGUGCACUCCAAAGAUUACGUAAUGAGGUGGCCCUGAAUUUAUGGUUGUACCAAAAUGUGAAGGCAGUUGUAUCAAUGUAUGAAGAUCGGUUUGACCUGUGCACAUUUCAGAUGCAUCUCAUUGAGGAAUCUAGCAGGGAUAUCCAACUUGAGAAUCAUAAUUGGUGGAAGAAGCUGACCUGGGGAAAAUCUGGGACUUCGACAUCUGCAUCAAGUUAUAUUGAAAUAAUCCAAAUUUCCAUUUCUGUGAGAAGAACCAAGGAACUAAGGGCCCUGACAGGGUGGAGGUAUUACUUCAGCCUAUUCCUCGAAUUAUCUGACAUUAGCUUGCCAUUUAUUAGAGCAGUUUUUGAAAAACUCAGCAAUGCCAUCUCAUUCUUUUUUGUUAGCUUGAUUGGGAGGUCGAUAGGACUUAUCUACACCGGAAUUAGACAGUCCCUGCGAUGGAAGUAAGAUGUGAUACAACUGGUGCAUUUUUGUAGUUCAUUGCUAUGUUCAUAAAGUUUGUUAUUCACUUGAUAUAGGAAUUGCCUGUGUGAGUAACGCUAUUCUUAGACUGUCGAAUUAAACCCUCAUUUCUUCAUUUAGCUUAGAGGCUUCUUGCAAAGACUUGCUCAAUUAAUUUGAGAAUUGAGAUUCUUUUUGAAGUUACUAUAUUGACUUCCACCUUUAUAUCAUUAUCAAUAAGAUGGCCAUAUGAUAUUCA